AUGGACAAGGUAUCACGACUGAAAAAUCCAGAUCAUGUCAAAGAAGUACUGGGGACUAAAUGUGCCCGUGACGCCUACUCGGAUCGUCGUAUCCGUUCAAUCGAGCGAUUGUCUGGUACAGAAGUCCAUUUAAGUGAACUGAACCCUGCAAUGACCUGUUUUAAAGGCCUGCCAAGAAGACGUUUAACAAUAGCCGGACCAUCAUUCAUUAAUAUUUGUUGUGCAUUAAAUCUGUUUGAAAAUUUAUUACCCAGUGUCAUAAAAGGUGGUAUAUUUCCUUAUCGAUUACCAGAAAAUUCAUCGACACGCUUUCAAGCUGGUAAACGGAUGAGUUCAGUAUACAACUGGAUUUAUGGACGGCCGAAUGGUUCCGUUUAUCUGAGAAAACAGCUAGAUGAUAGGGGGGGCUGGCGAAGUCUUCUUCCUCCUCCACGGAGAGGUGUUAGUGCUGAAAGAGUAUAA